AACAGAGUAGUGUGCUAGGACGCUUUUCGUGGAGUGGGCUAUGGCGUGUGGCUUCCGCAGGUCUAUCGCCUGUCAGCUUUCCAGAGUGUUGGAUCUUCCUCCAGAAAACUUGAUCAAGUCAAUAUCUGCAGUUCCAAUUUCAAAAAAAGAAGAAGUAGCUGAUUUUCAGCUUUCUGUGGAAUCUCUAUUGGAGAACAACAAUGACCAUUCAAGACCAGAUAUGCAAGUUGAAGCCACAAGACUAGCAGAGAAGCUAAAAUGUGAUACAGUGGUGAGUGAAAUCAGCACUGGUCAAGGGACUGUAAAUUUCAAAAUAAACAGAGAACUAUUAACAAAGACAGUGCUACAACAAGUAAUCGAAGAUGGUUCAAAAUACGGAUUAAAAAGUGAACUUUUCUCUGGUCUUCCCCAGAAGAAGAUUGUGGUUGAAUUCAGUUCACCUAAUGUUGCCAAAAAAUUUCACGUUGGACAUUUGCGUUCCACCAUCAUAGGAAAUUUUAUAGCAAAUCUCAAAGAAGCUUUAGGACAUCAAGUAACAAGAAUAAAUUACCUUGGAGAUUGGGGCAUGCAGUUUGGUCUUCUGGGAACUGGCUUCCAACUGUUUGGCUAUGAAGAAAAACUCCAGUCCAAUCCUUUACAGCAUCUCUUUGAAGUUUAUGUACAAGUUAACAAAGAAGCAGCAGAUGAUAAGAGUGUAGCAAGAUCAGCGCGUGAGUUCUUCCAGCGACUGGAACUGGGAGACACGCAAGCACUUGCACUAUGGCAAAAGUUUCGGGACUUGAGCAUAGAAGAGUACAUUCGGAUUUACAAGCGUCUAGGAGUCCACUUUGAUGAAUACUCAGGGGAAUCACUUUAUCGUGAAAAAUCUCAAGAAGUCUUAAAAUUGCUGGACAGUAAAGGACUCCUACAGAAAACAAUAAAAGGAACAGCUGUAGUGGAUCUUUCUGGGAAUGGUGACCCCUCCUCAAUUUGUACUGUAAUGCGAAGUGAUGGGACUUCUCUCUAUACAACCAGAGAUCUUGCAGCUGCUAUAGAUCGAAUGGACAAGUAUAAUUUUGAUACAAUGAUUUAUGUGACAGAUAAAGGGCAAAAAAAGCAUUUUCAACAAGUGUUCCAGAUACUGCAGAUCAUGGGAUAUGACUGGGCGGAAAGGUGCCGGCACGUGCCCUUUGGAGUAGUACAGGGAAUGAAGACUCGAAGAGGAGAUGUUACUUUUCUGGAAGAUGUUUUAAAUGAGAUCCAAUUAAGGAUGCUACAGAACAUGGCUUCUGUUAAGACAACUAAAGAACUCGAGAACCCACAGGAGACCGCAGAGAGGGUCGGGCUGGCAGCGCUCAUCAUUCAGGACUUCAAAGGUUUACUCUUAUCUGACUAUCAGUUCAGCUGGGAUCGUGUUUUCCAGAGUCGUGGGGACACAGGAGUCUUCCUACAGUACACGCACGCCCGCCUCCACAGUUUGGAAGAGACUUUUGGAUGUGGUUAUCUAAAUGACUUCAACACUGCUUGUUUACAAGAGCCACAGUCUAUUUCAAUUCUCCAGCAUCUUCUCAGGUUUGAUGAGGUGCUUUAUAGGUCAUCUCAGGACCUUCAACCCAGGCACAUUGUCAGUUACCUUCUAACUCUAAGUCAUCUUGCAGCUGUGGCACACAAAACACUGCACGUAAAAGACAGUCCUCCUGAAGUGGCCGGGGCCAGACUUCAUCUUUUCAGAGCUGUCCGUUCUGUCCUAGCCAAUGGAAUGAAACUUCUCGGAAUAACACCUGUAUGUAGGAUGUAAUUUCUAAUUAAAAUGGCUUUUUAAAUACUAAGUGAAUUCUACUUAUCUAUUCUUAUAUACCUUGCUGUUUAGAAUAGAAUUUAAACUAUUAUUCUGUGACAGAAUCUAUAUUUUAUUAAAUCUAAGUGAUUUAUCAAACUUUUUAAAUCUUU